AUGGAUUCCGCGAUGGAUACGGCCUCGACGGCCAGUGAUCACAGUAUCGCAUCGUCGAACGAUUCCCGGGGCGGCCGGGGUGGCGGCAAUGUGUCGCCGCCGAUUCCGCACAACGGCGGUGGCCAUCUGCAUCAUCAGCACCACCAGCACCACCACCAGCACCCGCUCCACCACCAACAGCAGCAGCAGCAUCCUCAUCAGCAGGACAAAACGCGUACACCGACCCCGGUCAGCCCGGUGCACAAUAGUCACGGGAGCAGCAGUAGUACUGCCACCCCCAGCAACAACAACGGCAACAACGGCAGCAACGGGAGCAGCGCCCUGAACAAUCACACUGGCCCCGGACGCGGCCUUUCGACUAGUCCGCUGAGUGCCGGGGCCCAGAUGAUGGGCCACCUGACCGGUGGCCACCCGCUCAGCCCACCGCACGUGUCCACACCGACCAGCAUGGGGAUGGUCGUGGGGAUGGGCCCCCGCGGGAUGGCCCAGAACCUGUCGCACAUCCCGCCACAUGGUCUGGGGCUGCUAAACUCGUUCAUGCACCACGCCAGCCCGCUCGAUCUGAUGGCCGCGGCGCACCAUCACGUGCCGCCCCGAUCGUACAACAGUCCCCCGCCGAUCUCCAGCUCCGAUCCGACGGCCAACGAGUGCAAGCUGGUCGAUUACCGGGGCCAGAAGGUGGCCGCGUUCAUGAUCCAGGGCGAAACGAUGCUGUGUCUUCCGCAGGCGUUCGAACUGUUCCUGAAGCACCUGGUCGGGGGUCUGCACACCGUGUACACCAAGUUGAAGCGGCUCGACAUUGUGCCGCUCGUUUGCAACGUCGAGCAGGUCCGGAUACUGCGUGGGCUCGGUGCCAUCCAACCCGGCGUCAACCGCUGCAAGCUGCUGUCCUGCAAGGACUUCGACGUGCUGUACCGGGAUUGCACCACGGCUAGAUGCUUGUCCAUAAAGCCACCUGAGAGACCUGGACGGCCACCGAAGCGAGGUCCGGUAGGACUUUCCAUGCCAGCGUCCCACAUGCCGCAUCACGCGCAGCUGAAGAAGCACCGCCUGGACAACGGAGAGUUCGUGUACGAGAAUGGGCAUCUAAGCGACCUGCCGCGGCUAGACAAGUCACCCCUGCUGGCGAACGGGUACAAUGCACCGCCGACGCACCUGAACCACAUACCGUUCAUGCAGAUGAAUCCGCACCCGGGCGCCGGCCACCACCCGCUGAUGAGCCCGGGCGUCGUCAACCCGCACGGCAUCCCGCGGCCGGACGGGUCCAUCAUCAAGGGCCAGAACAUCCCGGGCAUGGAGGCGAUCGCAAGAGCCGCGUACGAGGAUAUCGUGAAGCACCUCGAACGACUGCGCGAGGAGCGGGGUGAUGACAGGACACCGGGCGUGGACCACAAGCCGCGCGAUCUGAGCUCCCAGGGCAGCGGUCCACCGCUGGCCGAAUCGCCGAACGGGCAGAGCCCGGCACUGAACCUGUCCAAGUCGUCGGUCACCGACCACCACGCGGGUGGCGGGGCCGGUUGCGUCGGUGGGGCAGCGAGCAGCGUGGCGCUGAGUGAACGGAGCAACCCGAUUUCACCGGAACCGUCCGUGCACGAGGAGGACGAAAACAUGAGCGAAGCCAACAUAUCGGACACGGAAGAGCCGAACGAGAAGGACGAAGAUAUCAGCGACUGUGAGAGAGACAUUAGCUCACCGGUGCCGGUGUCCGGCCCGGGUGGUGUCGGUGGGCCGCAGGACCUCGAGAGCCGGGCGCAGGCGUUGAACUACUCCAGUCUAGCGGCCGUCGCGGUCGGUGGUGUCCCGCCCGGCCAGGACCCGACCAUCAUCUCGUCCACGGAGACGCUACUGCGGAACAUCCAGGGUCUGCUGAAGGUGGCCGCCGACAAUGCCCGCCAGCAGGAACGGCAAACGUCGUACGAAAAAGCCGAGCUGAAGAUGGACGUCAUCCGCGAACGGGAGGUGAAGGACUCCUUCGAACGUCAGUUGGCCGACGAAAAGCGACUGCGAGCCCUGUACCAGAAGCGGCUCAAGAAGGAGCGCCGAUUGCGGAUCCAGAUCCAGGAGCGGCUCGACGGGGAGCGCAAGCGGCGGGUGCAGCUGGAGGACAUCAUCAAGGCAUCGGGUGCGCCGGCCGAAGCGCUGCGGAUCAUAGCAGAAAACAUAAGUAGCGAACAGCAGCAGCGCGAGAAGGAACGCGAGCGGGACGCGGAGAAGGAGCGCGAAAAGGACGCCCGGCACCCGGGACGUGAUAAAGGACAGGAACGUGAACGAGAGCCGUUGGAUCGUAAUCGGGAUCGGAUCGGCAUCGGGGGCGGUGCCGGCGGCGGCGGCGGUGUCCUCGGGGAACCGGACGCGAUCCACCAACACCGGCCGGACCGGCACCGGGAGAUCGAGCGCGAACGGAGGGCAUCCUCGUCCGAGCGCUACUCGAAGGAGGGCAGCCCGGUGCCGACGCUCGUCGCCGGCCCGGCACGGCCCGGAAGCCAGGAAGUGUCACCUCAGUCGCAGCCCCAAAUUAGCGACGGCAAAACGUGGAACUACCCCGGGCUCGACCUCAUGGCCACCGGAGCCUUCUGGCAGAAUUACUCCGAAUCACUCGCCCAGGAGCUGGAGCUGGAACGGAAGGCGCGCCAGCAGGCGGUGGAAGGGGAUGUGAAGGGGCCGCUCCAGGACCGCUCGAACUACUACAAAAACUCCGUACUGUACACUAGUGCCACUUAG